GCCGCCAAAACGGGAGAAGCUGCAGCUGUUCGUCAGCUGGUGGACAACGGUACUCCUGUAGACCUACGGAAUAUCCGCGGCGUAACGCCUUUGUGGAUCGCAUCUUCACACGGGCACGAAGCAGUGGUCCAUGUUCUCCUGGCGACUGAUGCCGUUGACGUCAACGUACGGAGCGUGUCUGGACGGGCUCCGUUGUUCUGGGCCGCAGCAAACGGCCACUCCGAAGUGGUUAAGUUGCUCCUGGACCAUGGUGCUGAACAGAGUUAUACAGACAAGGAGGGCAGAUCACCGGUGUCUAUCGCUCAACUUCAUUGUCAGGCAAAUGUGAUACGUAUUCUCACUGAG